AUGGCGUGCUGCUUCCUCCUGGUCGUCCUCCUCGUCGCGGUGGCUGACGCGAGAGACGUGCCCGCCACUGCCGCGGCAAAGACUACGCCUACUGCGGCCACGGCAGAAACAACGACCACGAGUGCUAAGAACGUCGGCGCUGCCGUAGCGGCCGCACCGGCCGUGCUCGGGGACGAGAAGACGUUCCUGCCGGGCGUCGUCGGAGGAGGGUACGGCGGGGGCGUGGGCGGCUUCGCUGGCCCCGGCGUCAUCGGAGGAGCUGCUGGAGCGGUGGGGGGUAUCGGAGGCGUGGCAGGGGGCGUCGGAGGGAUCGGUGGUGUUGGUGGCCUCGCUGGUGUUGGUGGCGGUGGUAUUGGCGGACUGGGUGCAGCCGGCGGUGGUAUUGGUGGGCUUGGCGGCGCUGGGGGGCUCGGCGGCGGUGGCCUAGGUGGGCUAGGCGGUGGUGGACUCGGCGGCCUUGGUGGCGGCUCCAGUGGACUCGGCGGCCUUGGUGGUGGCUCAGGUGGACUCGGAGGUCUUGGUGGUGGAUCAGGUGGACUCGGUGGCCUUGGCGGCGGCGGUGGCCUCGGUGGUGGCGCUGGUGGGCUCGGCGGCGGAAUCGGUCACGGCGGCGGCUGCACCCAUCCGUGA